AAUGAAUCGAGUCAAUAACCAGCGGCAGCCAUCCUCAUAUCAUAUCCGUUCAUCAAGUGUGACCGCUACAUUUCACUUCAUCUCACCCUUCUGCGAAACCAACCAACUAACAAACACAACGACGGCGAUGCAGACGCCGACACUUGUCGCUUCUUCUUCUUCCGCCGCCGUAUUCCCACUCUCCUCCUAUUCCGCUAUUUCCCCCUCAUCGUCAUCUAUUCUCAAUCUUGCUAAUUUAUCAAGAAGGAGCAAGCCCUCAUAUCCAUCCGCCGUUUCACUGAAAGUGCAAUCAUCAUCUUCGCCCAUGAUUGAGAAGGAAACGCCCAAGACCCAACGACCCAACACUUUCCUCAGAGAAACUGACGACAAUCAUUCCCAGAGCUCGACUUCGAAUUCGGUGAGAGCUCGAUUCGAGAAGAUGAUUAGAGAGGUACAGGACAGUGUUUGCUCGGCCAUAGAGGCUAUGGACCAAGUUGGAAAGUUCAAAGAAGAUGUGUGGUCCAGGCCUGGUGGUGGUGGUGGAAUCAGCAGGGUUUUGCAGGAUGGCGCUGUUUGGGAAAAGGCUGGUGUCAAUGUUUCUGUUGUGUAUGGCGUUAUGCCUCCCGAGGCUUAUAGAGCAGCCAACCCCUCUCAAAGCGGCAUUACUAAGCCUGGUCCAGUUCCCUUUUUCGCUGCAGGAAUCAGCUCCGUUCUACAUCCGAAGAACCCUUUUGCUCCAACUUUGCAUUUUAAUUAUCGGUAUUUUGAGACUGAUGCUCCAAAAGAUACUCCAGGAGCACCAAGACAAUGGUGGUUUGGUGGCGGUACAGAUUUGACUCCUGCUUACAUUUUUGAGGAGGAUGUCAAGCAUUUCCAUUUGGCCCAAAAAAGCGCUUGUGACAAGUUUGAUGCUAGCUUCUAUCCUCGAUUCAAGAAAUGGUGCGAUGAUUAUUUCUACAUUAAGCAUCGUGGGGAGAGGCGAGGUCUUGGGGGUAUAUUUUUUGAUGAUUUGAAUGAUUAUGAUCAAGAGAUGCUCCUUUGCUUUGCUACCGAGUGCGCAAAUACUGUAAUUCCUGCAUAUAUACCCAUAAUAGAGAAGAGGAAGGAUGUGCCAUUUACUGACAGACACAAAGCAUGGCAGCAACUGCGUAGAGGACGCUAUGUAGAAUUCAAUUUGGUUUAUGAUCGUGGCACUACAUUUGGUCUCAAGACUGGUGGAAGAAUUGAAAGUAUUCUUGUCUCACUUCCUCUGACUGCACGUUGGGAAUAUGACCACCAACCAGAAGAGGGGAGUGAGGAAUGGAAACUGCUGGAUGCGUGCAUCAACCCCAAGGAAUGGAUCUGAGAUUUUAAUCGCAAUGUUGCUGCGGGGGCUUACUUUACUUUUUGCUUGUCCCAUUUUAUUUUAUUUUUCUUAGUUAUUUUUUAGCAAUGUUGAUACAGAAAACCCAAAUAAUUCUGUGAUUCCAGGUAAUUUACUACCAUCUUGACUUCAACUCAUAUCCGGCCCGAAUCACGAGCUCAUCUUGAAGACAAAUGAUUCUAUUUGGAAAAUACACUUUUUAAGUGAGAGAGAUGAUAAGGAAUGUGUUGAAUUCAAGAUAUAGAGAUCGCAUUUGAAUAGAGGAGGCUCAAUGCAUCAAAUUGUUUUCAAUCAAAACAAAGCGUGCUAUUGGCUGCAAGAGAUAAGUCAUAUUGCAAUAAAUAACAAUUAGUAGUAUAUACACAGCAUUGUAUCGGAAACUACAUUUUUGUUUAAGAAGUCGAUGGAAAGAUAUAGCAUCUAUCAUACUGCUAGUAUAGUGGCUAUGUAUGCAAAACUGUAGCAAAUUCUGAUGAAUGAAAAUGAAGAAAUCAUGAUA